AUGUGCGAGAGUGUGCUUCAUCUCCGCCGUCGGUGUUUGUUUCUCUUCGACAGCAACGGGGUAGGCGCGGCACUGCAGCAUCCAGGCGUGGCGACAAGGGCGGCCUCCACUUUGAUACGCGCGCAGGAGCUGCUAGGCGCCCCCCUCCAUCACUGGAUGCAGCAGCACCAAUUCUCGGACUGGCAGGAGUGCGUUGAGUGCCUCCUCUAUCACGUUGAGCAGCAGCAGCAGCAGCGGGAGGGGGCGGCGGGUGCUGUAGCUGCCACAGCGGUGGAAACGGUUUGCAGAGAGGUUCUUCAGGAGUUGACCUCCAUGUUCGCAUCAGAGGCCCAGGCGUACGACGCGGCGGCGGCUUCCUUUUCUGAAGACUACUGGAGAAGGGUUCAGAAGCCGCGGCGGCAGCUGCAUGCCAGUGAAACAGAUGCCAAGGCUGUGGUUGAUGGCGGUGACACGGCGGGUGCACGUGUGAGUUGGAGCAUCGCGGCGGAGGUGUCGCCGCUGGUGGAGCAGGUGUUCCUGCUCCCAUGA